AUGUGCCAAUCUGGAAGCUUCCGCAGCGAUACGUUCGAAAAUAUCGUUGACGAAGCUGUUCAUGAUGCUCAUCGCUUUGCUGGAUAUACCCGUAUCGGGAUGUACCUGCUUCAGUACUUUGUAGAUACGGCUCGUAAAUCCACCACCGGAGGUAAAGCUCCCAGGAAGCAAUUAGCCACGAAGCUGCCCGUAAAAGUGCUCCUGCUACUGGCGGAGUUAAGAACCUCACCGUUAUCGUCCGGGAACUGUGGCUCUCAGAGAAUUCGUCGUUAUCAGAAAAGUACCGAAUUGUUGAUCAGAAAAUUGCCUUUCCAACGGCUGGUCCGUGAAAUAGCGCAAGAUUUCAAGACCGAUUUGCGAUUCCAAAGUUCUGCUGUAAUGGCACUCCAAGAAGCUAGCGAAGCGUACCUGGUCGGACUAUUCGAGGAUACGAACUUGUGCGCGAUCCACGCUAAGCGAGUAACGAUCAUGCCGAAAGAUAUACAGCUGGCAAGACGUAUUAGGGGCGAACAAAAGUACCGAAUUGUUGAUCAGAAAAUUGCCUUCCAACGGCUGGUCCGUGAAAUAGCGCAAGAUUUCAAGACCGAUUUGCGAUUCCAAAGUUCUGCUGUAAUGGCACUCCAAGAAGCUAGCGAAGCGUACCUGGUCGGACUAUUCGAGGAUACGAACUUGUGCGCGAUCCACGCUAAGCGAGUAGUAACGAUCAUGCCGAAAGAUAUACAGCUGGCAAGACGUAUUAGGGGCGAACGUGCCUAA